UUCCACUGAGCGCGAUAAUCCAAUGAGCUCGCAGCCACCAGUCGAUACAUGUGCAGUCGCGCUUUUGAGAAAAGGAGAGUUUGCUUCGUUUAAUCCUCUACAGUUCUAUAGCGAUAAGAACCGUGAUUUCCACGUAAAAUUGCCGCGACAGUCGAGUAGAUCGUGUCAUGUCAUCUUCCCUACUGUGGAAGAGAAGAUGAAAAAUUAUCAACUUGCAAGAAAUCAAAGGGACAAUGACAAGCGAAUUGUUAUUCGACCGCUAUCCGAUGUUGUAUUCAGAAGAGAAAGCAAGACGAAGAAAAAGAUUUAUAUGCCCGAGAUCAAACUGGAUGUCCAAGUGACAGAGACGGUAUUUGUCUCAAAUAUAGCGAAUGGCACCAAGUCGCACCAAGUGAAAAGUGUCCUUCCUGGGUGUGCUCGUGUUACUUUAUUAAAACCUUACAAUAAAGACUUUAGAAGCGCGAUAGCCAAGAUGGAAAAUACUGAAAUAGCAGCGGAAUAUCUAAGGGAGAAGCAUAAAUGGCCAAUUUUUAAAGGGCAUAGAGUAUGUAUGAAAGCAGAUACGAGAGCAAAACGUAAGAAAAAGCAAAGUAUUGUAAAAUUCAACGAUAAUGCAACGAAAGAAUCCAAUGAGAGUUGAAGUUGUACAAAGACUUGAGUGAAUUACAAUAAUUACCAACUACGUA